CGCCCCACACCUAUUCACCGGUGGAACAUUCUAGAUCUCCCACCCGGCACGGAGCUAUACAUAAAGAGGGAUGAUCUCUCAGGAAUGGAGCUGAGCGGCAACAAGGUGCGCAAGCUGGAGUUCCUUCUAGCAGACGCGCUCUCUAAAGGAGCGGACACGCUCAUCACCAUUGGAGGCAUCCAGAGCAAUCAUUGCCGCGCGACAGCUGUCGCCGCGCGAUUGGCCGGGCUCGAGGCGCACCUUAUCCUGAGGACCAGCCGGGCACUGGCAGGCUCUGAUCCGGGCCUGGAAGGCAAUCUGCUGGUGGAGCGCAUGGUGGGGGCCAGGGUGCAUCUGGUGACCAAAGAGGAAUACGCCAAGCAUGGCAGCGAGCAUCUCGGGAAAGUGCUUGCUGAACGGCUAGCAGCAGAGGGAAGGAGGCCGUACGUCAUCCCUGUUGGGGGCUCCAACGCUCUCGGCACCUGGGGGUACAUGGAGGCAGUGAGGGAGAUUGAGCAGCAGCUGGGCAGAGGCGAGGCGGGGGGUUCUACAGGGUGGUACAUGGAGGCAGUGAGGGAGAUUGAGCAGCAGCUGGGCAGAGGCGAGGCGGGGGGUUCUACAGGGGGGUACAUGGAGGCAGUGAGGGAGAUUGAGCAGCAGCUGGGCAGAGGCGAGGCGGGGGGUUCUACAGGGGGGUACAUGGAGGCAGUGAGGGAGAUUGAGCAGCAGCUGGGCAGAGGCGAGGCGGGGGGUUCUACAGGGGGGUAUAUGGAGGCAGUGAGAGAGAUCGAGCAGCAAAUGGGCAGAGGCGAGGCGGGGGGUGCUUCGGCGUUUGACGAUAUUGCCAUGGCGUGUGGCAGUGGCGGCACCUCAGCAGGGUUGGCGCUGGGAGUGCAUCUGAGUGCUCUCUCUUCUACCCGUGUGCAUGCCUACUCUGUGUGCGACUCUCCCGGCUAUUUCUACGACUACAUUCAAGGGCUGCUGGAUGGGGUCACAUCCACGCCUGGGAGUGUUGCUUCAAAGGACCUGCUUCGGGUCAUUGAUGUGAAAGGGGGCAGGCUGCGCCAUCAGCACGGAGGAGGAGCUUCAGCUGGUGAAGGGGGCAGGCUGCGCUAUGAGCACGGAGGAGGAGCUUCAGCUGGUGCAGUGGCGAUAGGGUCUGUGAAGGGGGCAGGCUACGCCAUAAGCACGGAGGAGGAGCUGCAGCUGGUGCAGUCCAGUCUGUGCCCCUGUGAAAGGGGGCACGUUACGCUAUUAGCACAACAGAGGAGCAGCUUCAGCUGGUGCAGUCCAGUCUGUGUCGCUGUGAAGGGGGCAGGCUACGCUAUCAGCACAGAGGAGGAGCUUCAGCUGGUGCAGUCUGUUGCUCAAAGCACCGGCAUAGUGCUCGACCCAGUCUACAGUGGCAAGGCUCUCAGGGGAUUGCUACAGGACAUGAAACAGAAUCCAGACGAAUGGGCGGGGCGGCAAGUUUUGUUUGUACAUACAGGAGGGCUGCUAGGGAUGUAUGACAAGGUUCAGCAGCUUCUGCCGAUGGUGGGCGGGUGGGAGAGGAUGGCAGUCUAG